AUGUGCGAUAAUACUACCAGUGCAACUUAUGAGUUUACGUUUUCUGGUUUAGCUCAACUGAAUAAAGCUUUACAUAGUCCUAUUUUUUCUUCAGGAAGUGACCAACACUUAUGGCAACUUUGGAUACAACCAGCCGAUUCGCUUAAAGAUGGUGAGGAAUAUUUAUCCUUAUAUCUCUGCGUUAUUCCUAAUUAUAACGAAAACAAAACCGUUGAGCCAUGGCGAGAACGUAUGUUGACAACUGCAACAGUUUAUCUGAUGGAUCCUAAAACGAAAACUCGAAUAGGAAGUACAAUUUCUUACACUAACAGGAAUCUCAGAAAAUUCUCUAUUAGAUGUUCUUAUCGAGGACGGGAAUUUUUCGUUAAACGAUCUGUGAUCCCAUCGACUAAAUUGGUUCUGGGGAUUGAAUUUUUAAACGUUCCUUUUACCGAGAACGGUGUCAUAUGGAAUGAUAAUAUUUGUUCUCCUCCAGAAUCACUAGUACAUUCAUGGAUUACCGCUGUUAAUAAUCCGAGAAUGGCAGAUGUCUUGUUUCAGGUGCAGGGAGAAAUUAUCUGUGCGAAUAAAGAAAUUGUUUGUGGUAGAAGUGAAUACUUUAAAGCCAUGUUUGCUAGUGGAUACGUUGAAUCACGCACGAUAUCCGUUGCAGAGUGUGGACGUUUAAGGAAACGACUUCGAGAUUCCACUGGUAAUGGACCAAAGUCGAGUGAACAAAUUAUGGAAAGUACCGAGAACGAUAUGGAAGAGUUGGACAAAUCUAUCGAAUUUGGAAAUAAGGAUGAAGAACAAAGGAUUACUAAAAAGCAACGGUCGAUACAUUCAGAAAGUUCGACAACAUGUGUAUGUGUCACAACUUCCAUUACGCCUUAUCAUGAUACUGAUGGCAUUACCCCCCUUUAUCCUCAAAAGAAUACUACAUAUUACAGAAAUGAUGAUAUUAUAAAGGUUGAUGACGAUUUUCAGAUCGAUGGUCAAAUCCCAGAAUCAUUAGCUAAAUCAAAAAGUAUUGAACAAGAAUAUAUCGUUGGGAAACAAGAUCGAGUCGUCUCGGCGGUUAUAGCUAAAACCAAUGGGCCUGAAGCAGAGGUUGAUGACGAGGAUUUUCCUCAAGAUAUACCUCCCGGUUUCUAUCAUGUUGUCAACAUUACGGAUUGUGAUGUGCCAACAUUUUAUGCUUUGCUCCACUAUUUAUAUACCAAUGUAAUCAAAUUCUCUGAACCUUCAGGAACACCCAGGGUGACAUCGCUCGUAAAUCUUUUCCGACUAGCCGAUAAAUAUCAAAUUACUGAUUUAAGACAACGUGCGUUAGCGCGAAUUUACAAAGAACUGGCGAUAACUAACGUUGCCGAAGUAUUAUUUAGUUUGGGUCAUCAAUGGCCAGAUUUGAAAAAAGUUUGUAUGGAUUACAUAAUGAAACAUUUUGCAACAGUUAGAGAAACUGAAGGUUUUAAUAAUGUUAUGGAGCAUCCUGAAAGUUAUACAGGUUUUAGCGAAAUUGCUAAAGAUCUCUUUAAAAAAUUAAAGAUUGCUGACGAAAAAGAAUGA